UGAGGGCUCUUGGGUUAGUUCCUGUUAGGCCCCGGCCGGGGGAGUAGGUUGAAGUCUUUUAAGAUGCCGGGUGGGCUGGGGCACUGAGAACUGUGAAGAGGGCGUGAGGAGGCGGCGAGGGGAGACCCGCAGCAGGCCUGAACAAGAGCGGCGGCCGAGCCCGCCUUUCCUGCACCAUGCUCAUAGAGGAUGUGGAUGCCCUCAAGUCCUGGCUGGCCAAGUUAUUGGAGCCGAUAUGUGAUGCUGAUCCUUCAGCCUUAGCCAACUAUGUUGUAGCACUGGUCAAAAAGGACAAACCUGAGAAAGAAUUGAAAGCCUUUUGUGCUGAUCAACUUGACGUCUUUUUACAAAAAGAAACUUCAGGUUUUGUGGAUAAACUAUUCGAAAGUCUCUAUACUAAAAACUACCUUCCACCUUUGGAACCAGUUAAGCCUGAGCCAAAACCACCAGUCCAAGAAAAAGAAGAAAUUAAAGAAGAGGUAUUUCAGGAGCCAGCAGAGGAAGAACGAGAUGGCAGAAAAAAGAAAUAUCCUAGUCCCCAGAAGACUCGUUCAGAAUCUAGUGAACGAAGAACACGUGAGAAGAAAAGAGAAGAUGGCAAGUGGAGAGACUAUGACCGGUAUUAUGAGCGGAAUGAAUUGUACCGGGAGAAGUAUGACUGGAGGAGAGGCAGGAGUAAGAGCCGGAGUAAGAGCCGAGGCCUGAGUCGGAGUCGAAGCCGGAGCCGGGGACGCAGCAAAGACCGGGAUCCAAACAGGAAUGUUGCAGAGCACAGGGAAAGAUCCAAGUUUAAGAGUGAGAGGAAUGAUUUGGAGAGUUCGUAUGUGCCUGCACCUGCACCACCUCCAAACUCUUCCGAGCAGUACUCCUCGGGGGCACAGUCUAUUCCCAGCACGGUGACUGUGAUCGCACCUGCACACCACUCUGAAAACACAACAGAGAGUUGGUCUAAUUACUAUAACAAUCAUAGCUCUUCCAAUUCUUUUGGUCGAAACCCACCACCAAAGAGGCGAUGCAGAGAUUAUGACGAAAGAGGAUUUUGUGUACUUGGUGACCUUUGUCAGUUUGAUCAUGGAAAUGAUCCCCUGGUUGUUGAUGAAGUUGCUCUGCCAAGCAUGAUUCCUUUCCCUCCACCACCUCCUGGGCUUCCUCCUCCACCACCUCCUGGAAUGUUAAUGCCUCCGAUGCCAGGCCCAGGCCCUGGCCCUGGCCCUGGUCCAGGCCCAGGCCCAGGUCCAGGUCCUGGCCACAAUAUGAGACUUCCUGUUCCCCAAGGACAUGGCCAGCCUCCACCUUCUGUUGUGCUUCCCAUACCAAGACCACCCAUAACACAGUCAAGCUUAAUAAACAAUCGUGACCAGCCUGGGACAAGUGCAGUGCCCAAUCUUGCACCAGUGGGAGCAAGACUACCUCCUCCUUUACCCCAAAACCUCCUUUAUACAGUAUCAGAACGACAGCCCAUGUACUCUCGUGAACAUGGUGCUGCUGCAUCUGAGCGACUUCAGUUGGGGACACCGCCUCCUCUGUUGGCAGCUCGUUUGGUGCCACCUCGCAACCUCAUGGGAUCCUCCAUUGGGUACCAUACCUCAGUCUCCAGCCCUACCCCUCUGGUCCCAGAUGCAUAUGAACCAGAUGGUUAUAAUCCAGAAGCUCCUAGUAUUACCAGUUCUGGUAGAUCUCAGUACAGACAGUUCUUUUCAAGAACACAGACACAACGUCCAAACCUGAUUGGCCUAACAUCUGGAGAUAUGGAUGCAAAUCCAAGAGCUGCUAACAUUGUCAUCCAGACUGAACCACCAGUUCCUGUUUCAAUUAAUAGCAACAUAACCAGAGUAGUUCUUGAACCAGAUAGCCGAAAAAGAGCUGUGGGUGGUUUGGAAGGACCACUCACAAAGAAACCUUGGCUGGGAAAACAAGGGAAUAACAAUCAGAGUAAACCAGGAUUCUUGAGAAAGAAUCAGUAUACAAAUACCAAAUUAGAAGUCAAGAAAAUCCCUCAGGAAUUGAACAACAUUACCAAGCUCAAUGAACACUUCAGCAAAUUUGGAACUAUUGUUAACAUCCAGGUUGCUUUUAAGGGAGAUCCAGAGGCAGCCCUCAUCCAGUAUCUUACCAAUGAGGAAGCCAGGAAAGCCAUUUCCAGCACUGAAGCAGUUCUAAACAACCGAUUCAUUCGAGUCCUGUGGCAUAGAGAAAAUAAUGAGCAACCAGCACUACAGUCCCCAACACAGCUGCUCCUGCAACAACAGCAAACACUUAGUCACCUGUCCCAGCAGCACCAUCACCUGCCACAGCACCUUCAUCAGCAGUCUUCUCCCUCAACGGUACAUGGAGGUAUCCAGAAGAUGAUGAGCAAACCACAGACACCAGGUGCAUAUGUUCUUAACAAAGUUCCUGUUAAACACCGUCUGGGACAUGCCAGUGGUAACCAGAGUGAUACGGCCCACUUGUUGAAUCAGUCCAGUGGUGGUGGAGAGGAUUGCCAGAUAUUUUCAUCUCCAGGCCAUCCAAAAAUGAUUUACAGCUCUUCAAACUUAAAGACUCCUUCAAAACUUUGUACAGGGUCUAAAUCUCAUGACGUUCAAGAAGUUCUUAAAAAGAAGCAGGAAGCAAUGAAGCUACAGCAAGAUAUGAGGAAAAAGAGACAAGAAGUGUUAGAAAAACAAAUAGAAUGCCAAAAGAUGCUAAUAUCCAAGCUAGAAAAAAACAAAAACAUGAAACCAGAAGAGAGAGCAAACGUAAUGAAGACUUUGAAAGAGCUUGGAGAAAAGAUCUCACAAUUAAAAGAUGAAUUAAAAACAUCUUCUGCAGCCUCCACACCAUCUAAAGUAAAGACCAAAACAGAGGCCCAGAAAGAGCUAUUAGAUACUGAACUGGAUCUUCACAAGAAGCUAUCCUCAGGAGAAGAUACAACUGAGUUACGGAAAAAACUCAGUCAGUUACAGGUUGAGGCUGCCCGAUUAGGUAUUUUGCCUGUGGGUCGAGGAAAGACCAUGUCCUCCCAAGGUCGAGGAAGAGGCCGAGGUCGAGGAGGUCGAGGAAGGGGCGCACUGAAUCAUAUGGUGGUGGACCAUCGCCCCAAAGCACUGACAGUUGGGGGAUUCACCGAAGAGGAAAAAGAUGAUUUACUUCAGCAUUUCUCAGCUUCAAACCAAGGGUCAAAAUUCAAAGACCGUCGGCUACAAAUAUCAUGGCACAAAUCCAAGGUGCCUUCUGUAUCCACGGAGACUGAGGAAGAAGAAGUCAAGGAGGAGGAAACAGAAACCUCAGAUUUGUUUUUGCAUGAUGAUGAUGACGAAGAUGAAGAUGAAUACGAGUCUCGUUCAUGGCGAAGAUGAAAUCUGAUACGAGCUGUAUAAUUUUUAGGAAUAUUGUUUAGAAGAACAACUUUUUAAAAUUAUUUAAAGAAGUCAAUGAGCCAAAAAUUUUUUUUUAUUUUUCUUUUCAACACAGUAGAUUUAAGGACAGCAAGUUUGCUAUUUAAACACAUCUCAUAACUGUUCAUGAUAUUAAAGCACCAAAGGCCUAGUGACUUUUACACAGUUGUGAAGAUCCACAGGAAUGACAUGGAUAUUCUCUAGAGCCUUAUUUUCCACACCACCUGUUUUUGUUGGUAUUGGUGUUGGAUUAUGUUGUAAAUGACAGGGUUUUCAGAAAUUUUAUUUUGGAUUAUAAUCUGAUAAAAUUUCAUUAAAUGUCAAAAUCGCCUGGAAUCUCUUAACUCUUAGCUAUUAUGGAUGGGUUGUCAGACAGUAGGAGAUAUUUGUAAUUAAAAUAGCCUUUUGCUUUCAAGAGUUGUCUUGGAAGAAAAGUAAAUUUAUUUUAAUUUUUUUUACUGAGGAGGAGCCCAAUUUGUAUUUCAUCUAAAAUUUUUUGAUGGGGGGUUAUGUGCAGUAGUAAGUACUAUUUUAAUGUAAAUCAUAACAAACUGUGUUCUUAAAUGCUGUAAGGUAAUGGCAGCGCCAUGGUGUUUUCAUCUGUCAUCAUAUUAACUCUCUCGGACUGCUGCUGCUGAUCCUUAAUUUGCUUUGAAAUUAGUAAGCAUUGGUUCAGUUGGUCCUUUUUUAAAAAAAACAAAACAAAACAUCAGAAUGUAAAAGGCUGUUACCUCUUGACCCCUUUCUCUUUACCAUUUUCUUUUUCCUGCCUUUUUAUUAAUAGGCCUGACUUACCCACUAUUGAGAUAAGUGAUUCUUUUGGGCCACCAAAAGUCAACCCCCAAUAAAAAGUUUAAACCAGCACCUUGAUAAAUAAGUGUUUUGAAGAGAAUAAUGGAAGGAUUUGUGGCGGAGAGUCAGUCACCAGCUUUUUUUUUUUUUUUUUAAAUCUUCAGUUUAGUUAAUAGUUAUACAAAAGAGUUAAAAAGUGUCCAAAAAAAUUUUUUUUUUUUUAAAUUUGUUUCCAAAAUUUAAACCAUGAUGAUGAAGUGAUGGGGUAGGGUGGGGGUGGGACAGGGUAGGGGGCAUGGGUAUGCUAGUAAUAAAUGGGAGUCAUAACUUGACUGAUCAGAUGACCUUAUUUUUUGAUAAUUUUGUAGCUUGUUGCUAUCCAUGAACAUAUGCAUCCUCCAGUAGACAGUUUCCUUCACUGUGUGCAUUUUUACUGUACACUGUAUAGAGUAGAGUAUCUGUUAAGUAAAAUAUAUAUGUAAAUUUAUGUCCUUGUGUUCUGAAUGUUAGAUGGAAAAGCAGAGGAGCAACACUACACUGUAUUGACCCCUGGGGAAAUAAAAUGAUUAAUGUACAUAGGAUGUCACUUUUUCAAGGAUAUACACAUCUAUGUUUUUGUAUGUGUGUGGUGUGAAAAUUUGAAACUUCCUGUUGGCUUCAAAAGGUUCUUGGUGAUCACUAUAUAAAGGAUUUUGUUUCCUUAGGUAAAGACUAUUUCUCAAAAUAGCAACUAUUCACUAAGAAACUUAAAACCAUCAGGACUCUAGAUUUACUUAGCUACAAGAAGUUUAAUCCCACGUUCUGAUUAUCUUUUCUACGUAUUUUCCUGGAAUGAUGUGUCAAACCAGGAUCAUUUUUUUAAGUUCAUGUAAUUUCCCCUUCAUCAUAAUAAGGACUUCCUCUUCCUAGGUUGUUAAUAUACUUCUGAUAACACUGAAACUAAAAUAAGCUUAUAACAGAAUGGAAAACAUUACAAUGGGGUACCUAGAAUAAGCAAUCUUGCUCCUUCCUCCAUCAUCUCUUAAUGAAAUUUUCUUGAUGUCUGUGGCUCAGUCGGUAUAUAUUUUGAAAGAUUCAUUGUGGUGAAUAUUUUGAGUCCUGACAGUUUAAACGUGAUAGAGGGAACAAAGGAUUUAUAUAUUUUUUGUACAAAGUUUUUUCUUAAACUGUAUAAUUUUGUAAAUAAUUUGUUGGUUUUUUUUGUGUACUAAAACUACCAGCGUAUAGAUUUCAAUAAGAAUUGUUGUAUUUUUGUAUUUGGAAACUGAAAAUUACAGUAAAUUAAUGGAGCUGUAAGAAAAUUUUCAGUAGACUGACAGUUCAACAGAAUGAGAUUCCUUUUCAUAUGAUUUUUUAACCUCAAAAUUGACAUCUUAUUAUACUCAGUACAGAGAGAGUUGAGGAUCUGUUUGAUUUUUUUAGUUAUUGGGGGGGGGGUAAAAGAAGAGUGUUAAAGUAAAGAAUAGAUAGCUACUUUUUCCAGUAAGAUUUGAGGCCCUUUGUGUAAAACUUCAUUUUUAAUACAUCUUAAAUAGGAGUAAAUACUUUAAAAAUGUUCUUUCUAAGAAUUCUUAAAACACGUUUGACUCAAAAAUGAAUUCAAAAUAUGGGUUAAAUAUUAGGAAAUUUAAGUUAAUGUUAGAAUAAAAUAGUUGAAUAUAUACAUAUAUAUAUAUAUUAUAUGUAUUUUGUUUGUUUUCCUUUAGGAUUUUUUUAUCCCCACCCUCAUAUCCCUAAGCGUUUAGAGUUUCUCUUAAAAGUGAGUAACUACCAUGAUUUGUUUUCUUGGCAUCUUCAUUUACAGAAAUAAAAUAGACCAACUGAGGCAAAUUCUGUUCUUUUUAAUGUGUAUGACAUCUUUCUAACUAGCUACGAGGUAACCAUCAAUCCAGCUAGGUCAGCCUGGUUUACUAGUGGACUGCUGCCCAAGCUUAGAACGGUAACCCCAGGGAAUGCAGAAUUUCCCUCAAUUUCUUCAUGUUGUAACAGUGGGAAAACAUUGUCACUAGCUAAUAUGAUAAAUUGGAAAACAGUCUUGUUAGAGUGAAAAAGGUCCAUAGUGAUGGAUCAUUAUUUCAAAAAGAAGAAAAAAAUCAUGUGAAAAGGAAUAGUGGUUCCUCUUGAUGUAUAGUAUGCCUGUAUUAUAGUUUUUACAAAAUUGUGAACUUGUGUAAUAGUAUAAUAGGAGAUACUGUUGAAUUUCUAACUGUUUAUACAUUUAAAUUGAUAUAUGUAAUGUUUGUUUUAUCGAUUACAGUCUGAAUUUCUAAGAAGCAUGUUGACUUUUGCAAUAAAGAUGCAAUAUGGAAUGGUUCACAAUUGGGAAAAAAAAGAAAAAAGAGAAAAGCAUUACGAAUUUAAAAGAAUUUGGAAAAUUUAUGAACCAUUCCAAAAAUUAUAACAAUCACCAAAA